GAGUGGCUUUUUCCUAUCGGGAGCUCUCUGGCAUUUAGUUUUGGUGUCUUUCGUGGACGCUGAUAAUGAGGAUGGUGGAGGAGGAGGAGGAGGAGAUUGAAGAAAGCAGGCUGACGUGUCUGGGAGGAGGGACGUGCCGUGGAUGGAAGGAUGAUUGAUGGAUGGAUGAUGGAUGGAUGCAUCCUCCUGCUGCAUGUCAAACCUGCUUUUUGGGGGGGGAAUGACGCCGCAUCGCUGCAUGCACGCUGGCUGCAAGGUCAUUCCGCCGUAAAAAGGGUGCCGAGGGAACAACAUGUGAGCGACUCGCCAAGCACUGACGACAGCAUGCCUAGACUGCGCCGGACCUUAGCUGUGUGCUGCUGGUGUCUCCUGCUGCUGCACCAGCAGGCCUUUGCGGACGAAGAGGCUCCCUGGGGAUCGACGCCUUCGACAAGAGAGAAGAAGAACUCUUACUGGUGGACCCCGACGCUGCCCAAGCUACCGUCACUUCCUUCGCUACCGUUCCGUUUGCCUUUUUAUCCUUCAGACGGUAAAACCAAGGCUGCGUUGACGACAAGCUCCAAAGAUCUGUUGGAACCAAUGGAUCACUUGCAGGAACACUCGGGAUCGGGAGAUGGGAGUCUUUACGAAGCCCGUGACCCUCCCACAGAAUUCACUCAAGGGUUCCUGACCAGCGUGACAAAGAUAAGAACUGAAAUACUUCCGAUAGGAACGUCACAUCUUCCAGACAAGGACCCUCUUGUUGCAGACUCAGUCUCUCCCACACAGGUCACAAACGCUCCCUACACCGAAAGUCCCACCAGUACAAGCACGCCAGAACAAAAUGAGACACACACAACCGAAAUUGUCAGGCAGAUCUCGCCGACAUUAGCACCAGAAACCGCGGUUUUUACUGUUAUGACUUCUAAAGAGGUCCAAACAACAACAAUCAACCCAGGAAGAGGAAUCACUUUAAGACCCUUUAAGACAACACCUCAAGACCCAACAGAAAGUCUCCUCAGUCAGAGCGUGACCGUUUCACCGGAGGAACCACCGGGGGUGAUCACCAUUGACGUCGCCCCAACUGCAACCGACUACCAACGGGUGAUAAGUGAAAAGGUUGACGCCCCGGCAACAGGAGCUAAAGCGGAUCGUGCGGAUGAGGAAGGUGCUGCGAACGCUGAUGGCCGCACGGCGGAUGAUUCGGCGCCAAAGCUGACAACAUCGUCGCCGGUGAAAACAGGCACAGCAACACAAAGUCCACAAAAUCUCCAGACAACAGCAGACUGGAUGUCAACCCUACAAGGAACUUUACUUCCAGACUGCAACAAAGAACAAUCUGAGGCCUGCAACAUCUCUGACGACUGGACACCUACAUCAUUGUCAAUCAUGAAGGCCGAAAACAGCACAGCCACAAACCAGUCAAACAGCCUUUCGGUGUUCUCGCCUCCUCUCAUGUUGGUUCCGCUGUACACGGACUGGAACAGUGCCAUGGCAGCCUGGGGACUGGCCUGGGAGGCACACGUUUAUGGCGCCGGCUGCGUCUUUGCGAUGCUAACGCUGGCCUCAGCGCUAAACUUGCUCUGUCUGCCUUUGCGCUGUCCCUCUGGCUGUGGCUACUUUGCUCUAAUUAGCCUGUUUCUACUUGCCGCAGGGUGUACUAGAUCUUUCACACUCCUGUACGACGCGUAUGGCCACCAGGACCGCUUGCCCUCCGGCAAAGCCUUACUGGUGCUCUACGAGGCGCCUUUUCCCUGCCUGACGGCAGCUUUCGGCUUGGUUUUCCUUCUGCUUUCCAUGCGCUCUAGGAUGCAGCUGUCCUACUCGGCCUUCCAGAGACCAUGUUUCCUAGCGUGCUUGGUUGCCCUGCACUUUGCUGCUGCAUUCGGUCCAGUGACUUUACAAAAAUUCUACCGGCAGAAACCUCCACUCUGCCUCUUCCUUGCACUCAUCUCCCGUGGAGCAUUCGUUGUCCUCGCCACUUUCCUAUCCGCUGCCUAUUUCGUGUUCUACGUCUACGUGCGAGCAGAUUCCAAGCACAUCUACCACCUGAACAACACAUCUCCAACCCCUGCUGAGAGAUACAACAGAUGUCCCUUUGCAGAGAGCCGAGACUGGGAUCGUGCGGCCGUAACAGUGUGUCUUUCAGCACUAUUUUGUUUAGCCUGCGCAGGCCUACAGCUGUAUGCGAUGCUCAACGCUCUAGGUGUCGCUGGGGGAGAAAAAGUCUUCCACCCAUGGUGUUGGUGGGCUUUUCAGUUUAGCUGCAGACUCUGUGAACUGGGUGUUUGCCUUACCUUGGCUCUGGUGGUGGCACAACCAGUCUACUGCUCUGACCAGAUCCCGUCUGCCGGAAGCUGUUGGACAGAACUUCUGGCAUCCAAAGCGCCUAUCCUGCCUGGGAGCUACCAGUGGAGCUUGAGUCACCAGGAAAAGCUUGCCAUUGUUGAUGUCGGACUUGGGGAGACAGAAAGCCUCCCUCUUUAUACGCUAAUGGAUGACAGGCUUACUAGCAGUCUGAACGGGCUAGACUUCCUGUACCACAGCAACCGGGCUUUGGCCUACAGAGAUAUUGAUGUAGAUUUGGACCUGAAGGGCUCACAUAAACUUGCCAAUGGAGGUGGUGGUGAUCCUUCAGGUGCAUCGUCCUUCACAAGCGAUUCCACCACAGACCUGAGGCCACCGUCGCCCAUCAACCUACGCCGCAGCAUAGAUGAAGCCCUCUUCAGCGAAGCUCUCUUUCCCAUGAGCCUCUUUAGCACGGCAAGGCCUAAUGAGAGCCGCGACCUAUCCAACAACAGCUUUGCUACUCCCAGCCUCUGCGAUCCUAGUCUUUAUCGGACUUCAUCUUGCACUGACAUAACCUCCAAAGUGCACAAUAAAUCUCAAGACGUUGUAGUCGGCGCACCUCCAUCUCCAUCCCCGUCGUCUUCUAGCUGCUCAUCUCCAGAGCACUGGAGGGGGAGCUCUUCCUCCAGCUCCCCGUACCGAGCGUCCAUCGGGGAUUCAUCACUGGUGCUCUGUCCAAGCCCAAAGACUCAUGCUCGGCAGCUACUCCAGCAGGGGGACCCCCAGAGACAUUAUCAAACACUGGGCGCCGCCUCACAGGAGAGCCUGGACCUAGACAUGUCGUCUGAGGCGGACCGAUCGGUGCAGGAGGAGUUCAUGAGCGUUUGCAGACAGAUUGACGCGCACAGUAUCUGCAGCGAGACCAUCGAUUUGUAAUGGUCUGUUCUUAAGCAAAGACAGGACGCCAGCUUCACAGGUGCCUGGUGGCAAAAGCCGCCCAAACAAGGUUAUUAGUCAUUGGUGUAUGUCUACGACGGUUUGAAGUGCCAAUAAUGUACAGUAAUGACAUUUGUAAAUUUGACAAAUUUUCCUCCUGUAAUGUGUUAGUUUCAAUUUUAAUCGCACAGCUCAUUUAUAUACAGUAUUUAUAUACAGUAAAUGUUUUGAUUACAUUUAAACACAAAUACAUAUUACUUUUGCACUUAUACUGUACUACUGAAGCUCAUUUUAACCUCAGCAAAACCUCUGGAGCAAGACUUUGUGCAGCAGCAGCAGCACCCUCUGCUGUCAACUUCCUGCAAGUCUUAAAUGUUUAUUUAUGAACUGAUGCUUACGAACUUAUACUCGACGAUAUACAUACAUACCUAAGAUUCACACAAAUUGUUUAUUAAUAAAGUUGAUUUGAUAACAAGUGGUUUAUUAUAAUCAUAGUAUUUUGGAGUAUGUUGAAUAAUAUGACAGCAGACAACUGUAUAUUUUGAGUUCUUUAUUCAAGAUUCACUAAACUGAACAGGAAAAUAAAUUUCUCCUUGCAGAGUAAACAUGUAUUGUCAAGAUAUUCUCCCAAAAAAUACUGGAUAAUAAAGAUAGUCUCAGUUCUGGGCUCAACAGCUGAUGCUUAAAAAUUCUCUAUAAUGGGUACGUCUUCACAUGUGAACAGAAGCACAUUGUUUUCCCGUGUUAAUCGAGCAUAAGUAUUUUAGCAAGGUCGCGAAGUGAGCCUAACAAAAAGGCCAUGUCCAGUAUGAAACUGGUGGAAUGUUGGCUAAACGCAAAACAGCGACUAUUUUUUUUUUGUAACCAAGACGAACAGCAAAAGUUCACCCGUCCACGAGUCAAGGCAUUUGUCAGGUAAAAGCAAUUUACUAAAAAGAACAACCAAGCUAAACGCGGUAAUGAGCGGAAUACAAGGUAGGUGACAGCCGCUAAAUUUGGUAUUGAGGUUACAAAAAGAAGAGUAUAAAUACACUUGGCAGUACGUAUGCAUUUACAACAAAGCCGAAUAAAAAUACAGCCGUGUUUGGCCCGUGAAAAAAAAAAACAUGCAUAUCAAAACCCUUCAAGCUCAAUGCAAAGCAUCCCUCGCUUAAGACUAUAUACCUUUUUCAUAUAAAGAAGUCGCCACUUGUGGAAACAUACCUGAUUUUCAGUUUUUGGUGCCAUCGAUGCGUUUAAGUGAGUUGGGACACUGGAGGUGGUUCUGCUGAUUGUAGGCGGCGUCAGGGAGGCUGGGGUCCAAAGUAAACAAGAUGUCGUACCUCAAGAGUCACAAUAUUACACACUAAUGUGCACCGCUACGUUCGUGUCGAAAAGUAGCUUGUGUGUGUGUGCGUGUGAUUGGGAAACCCUGAUGCUCCGCUUCUCAAA